GUCAUGCCCGGGCCCAAAAGAAGCUGAAGCAGGAGGCCCAGCCGUUGCACCUGGCCUCUCACGCAGCUCACCAUGUGAAUCGCUGCCGCCUCCUAGAGGAAAAGAACAGAGCUCUUAAACUAGAGCUAGCCACUCUCAGACAGCAGAAACAGCAACACAGAUCUCUGGAGUCAGAGGUCAACGAGCGGAGGAAAAGGUGUCAGAUCCUUGAGAGAGAAGUGAAGAAUAAGACAUUAGAAUGUAAGACUUUGAAGAAUGAGCUUCAGGAUGCUUUGCUGGAGAGAAAACGGCUCAAUCGUGAGCUUCUUAGUCAUAUCCUGAAGGCCACACAGUAUGAGAAGGUAAAGUCAGACUAUGAUCAGCUCAGAAAGGCUUUUGGUUGUGUGAGUCAAGAGAGAGACACUGCCAGGCAGGAGAAGGCUCAGCUCCAAGACAAACUGGAGAACCUUGAACAGGUCCUGAAGCAUAUGCGAGAGGCUGCAGAUCGGCGGCAGCAACUGGAGGCAGAGCAUGAGAAGGCCUUGGCUUUCCUCAACUCCAGACAGCAGGAGAUCAACCUUCUGCAGAAGGUUCAGGCUGAAGCUGAAAAAGAGCACGAAGAAGUGGUGCAUCUGCUAGAGAGCCAUAUGGACAAAAUGCAGGUCAAGGUUCAUGACUUAGAGCAGAAAUGCCGGACACAGAGUGAGCAGUGCAAUAUUUUGUCGAAAGAACUGGAAAAAUAUCACCUGGGGUCAGACGUGGAGGAUACACUCGACGCUGACUCACAGGAGAAAAACUUGUGCAACAGUUACAACAGCCUGCAGCGCCAGGCCGAAAAAAGUGAUGAGAGAUCUGACAGAUCUCCACUGGUCUCAGAACUGCCCAUAGUACAGCAACACAAGACAGACAAGCCAGAGCAGCUGUCGGUCAAACCCACCGUCCAAACCCAGAGUCGAUCCAGCAGCCCCAUGCAAGCAUCCCUCUCAGAGAUGGACAAUGAGGUGAGCCCAGCUCCGAGAUCCAAGACAAGAUACACAGGCCAGGUCCGUCUCUGCACUGCCCGAUACAGUUAUAAUCCCUAUGAUGGACCUAAUGAGCAUCCAGAAGCAGAGCUCCCUCUUGUGGCAGGGAAGUAUUUGUACGUAUAUGGAGGAAUGGACGAUGAUGGAUUUUAUGAAGGAGAGCUAUUGGAUGGCCAGCGUGGCCUGGUUCCCUCUAAUUUUGUGGAGUUUGUCCAAGACAAGGAAAAGCCAUCUAUCGAGGGUGGAGAGGAGCAGGGCAGGCUGGAGCAGAGCUGUCUGAGCCUGGUGACCAUAGAUGGAGGCGCUCCUCUGGACAGCCUUAGCAGCGACGCCCUCGGCCACUGCAGCAACGGGACAGGCGCUCUGGAUGGAGAGGAGCUGAGUGAUGACAUCGUGCCUUACCCCAGGAAGAUCAAUCUGAUCAAACAGCUGGCGAGAAGUGUGAUAGUGGCCUGGGAAGCGCCUCUAGUGCCACUUGGCUGGGGCAACAUCAACGGCUACAAUAUCUUAGUGGAUGGGGAAGUACGUUCCUCUGUGCCAUUUGGAGGCAGGACCAAACUGCUUCUCGAAAAGCUGGACCUGGCUGCCUGCACAUACCGUGUGUCGGUACAGAGCGUGACGGACAGGGGGCUUUCUGAUGAAUUGCGCUGCACCUUGCUGGUGGGCCGCAAUGUUGUGGUGGCACCCACCUGUCUGCGCAUGGAUGAUAUUUUACGUGACUCUGCUGAACUUUCGUGGCUGCCCAGUAAUAGUAACUACGCCCAUGUUGUGUACUUAGAUGGCAUGGAGCAUGCCGUGGUUAAGCCGUGCUCUUACAAACUGCGUUUUGUGAACCUGAAGGCCGCCACAGUGUACAAAGUAAAAGUAUUGGCCAAACCUCACCAGGUGCCCUGGCACAUGCCUCUGGAACAGAGAGAGAAGAGAGAGGCUGGGGUGGAGUUCUGCACCCAAGCUGCAGGACCCCCUCUGCCUCCUCAAGAAGUCCAGGUCCAGUGUGGACUAGCCCCAGGAGUCCUCCAAGUUCGUUGGAAGCCACCUCCAAUGACACCCAUGGGAACCUCCAAUGGUGCAAAUGUCAUUGGCUACGCAGUGUGCACAAAGGGUCAGAGGAUUGCUGAGGUGUUGUAUCCACUGGCAGACUAUGCGGCAGUAGAACUGAACCGUCUCCAGUGCUUGGAGGCCCGUGAGGUUAUUGUCAGGACUUUAUCAGCACAAGGGGAAUCUCAAGACUCCCAUGCCGCCUUCAUUCCAAACCACCUGCUGGUGCCUCUUCCUAAAACCCUCCCUUCUUCUCACCACAUACAAUCACCUCUCCCACCCCAGCAGUCCCAACCAAUGCCUCCUCAUCCCCAAAUCCGGGCCCUUCCCCCUCACCCUGGACCACAACCACCCACCCAUCUUCAACCCCUUCCCGUUCGCCCCAACCAGCCCCCAUCUCAUCUCCAUCCCCACCGUAUGCCCCAUCCCACACAGCCCUCUCCACCCCCCCUCCAGCCUUUACCACCACACCCCAUCCCUCAACCCCAGCCCAGCAUCUCAAUGCCCCAGCCUCAGACGUCCAUGCCCAUGCCCAUGCCCCAACCCCAGCCCCAGCCACCCAUGCCAAUGCCUCAGCCCCAACAGCCCAUGGCCAUGCCCCAACCGGCCAUCCCCAUGCAUCAACCCCAGCCAGCUAUCCCGAUGCCCCAGCCUCACAUUCCCCAACUGCCCCUUCCCCAACCCCAAAGACCACUAAGUGCCAGAGAGCUGGAAACCAAAGAGCCAGGGCCAGAAAUGCUUCAUCAUGGAGGGGGCCCACCUCAGCCAUGGGAGCCUGGCUGCUCCCCAUCAGGCAUGCCCACAGGCCUGCCACAUGGACACACCCUGGAUGCCCCGGCCUUCCCGAACCACCGCUCCCCGUCACCUCAAAGGAUCCUCCCCCAGCCCAGGGGUACACUCAUUCCUGACACUGUGGCCAAGGCUAUUGCCCGAGAGGCAGCCCAAAGAGUGGCUGCAGAGAGUGGACGGAUGGAGAGGAGAAGCCAGGGCUUUCACUCUCAAAAUUCAGAUGAGGAAGAGGAUGAGGAAAGCUAUCAGGCCCACAGAAGAGGAGCAUCUGUGGAUGACUUCCUCAGGGGCUCAGAGCUGGGCAGGCAGUCUCAUUACAGUCACAGCGAAGAGUACCAUACAGAGAGCAGUCGAGGCUCGGACCUCUCGGACAUCAUAGAAGAGGACGAGGAGGAGUUGUAUUCUGAAAUGCAGCAUGAAGAAGGCAGGCGACGAAACUCCCACAAUGCACUCAAGACCGGAGGCAGCACUCCAUCUUCGAGUCAGCUGGAUCGGGAAUCAUACCGGAAGCCAUCUCACAGAGGUCCUCAACCUCAGCGCCAACCCCUCAUGGUCCCAUCCAUUGGUCAGUGCUCUCCCAAUGGAUACCGGGACCGAAGCCGCCGCUCUCCCCCGUACUAUGAUGAGUCUGAGCAGGAGGAUCCGUUUCGAAUCUUCGUGGCGCUCUUCGACUAUGACCCUCUCUCCAUGUCCCCUAACCCUGAUGCAGCUGAUGAGGAGCUCCCUUUUAAAGAGGGACAGAUAAUCAAGGUGUAUGGGGAUAAGGAUAAUGAUGGCUUUUAUCGUGGGGAGAUCCGGGGCAGGUCUGGACUUAUUCCCUGUAACAUGGUGUCGGAAAUCCGUGCAGAGGAUGAUGAAACUAUGGAGCAGCUCAUGAAACAGGGAUUCCUCCCUCUCAACACUCCUGUAGACAGAAUAGAACAAAAUAAGAGAGGUCGCCACCCAGUGGCCACAAGACGAAUGGUUGCCCUGUAUGACUACGACCCCAGAGAGAGCUCGCCAAACGUUGAUGUUGAGGCUGAACUGACAUUCUGUGCUGGCGAUAUCAUUGCUGUUUUUGGGGAUAUAGAUGAAGACGGCUUCUAUUAUGGUGAGCUUAAUGGACAUCGGGGCUUGGUUCCAUCCAAUUUUCUCGAAGAAGUGCCUGAUGACGUGGAGGUCUAUCUGACGGACACUCCCUCCCACCGCGGUCAGGACGAGCCCAAUCCGGUACCGGCACUGCGCCCAGAGACCAAACGGGUGCCUGUGGAAAGUUCAGUGCCAGCUCCGGCCCCUGGAAGACCCGCCUCUCCCACUGUGCGUCCUUUGCUUCCCGUUGGCCCAGUCAGGUCGCUGAGCCCUGCCAGGGGUCCACGAGACCUGACAUCUAAAAAGAAAAAAGGACUGCUCUCUAAGGGGAAGAAACUGCUCCAAAAGUUCUCAAAGUAAAAGUAUGAGAUUGAUUUCAAAUUCAUAUGGCUACAAAUACAGAUUUCUCUCUCAAAAGGGAAACCACCAAUCCCCAGUGUUUCAGAAAAGUCUACGGUGAUUUUUUUUUCCUCACACACACAAAA